GCAGCGGCAAAAGGAAUGUAAAUCAUGAUUGAAACAACAGAACAAUCGAAAGAUUCGAACGACACGGAAGAUGAGGAUGACGCUUUAUUACCGAUCUGUUUCAACUGUGAACGCCACCGUGGCAAGAUACUGGGCAUCAAUUGUACCACGCAAUGUUGGCGCGUAAGAGACCGUAUGAAGACGGUCAGCGUUGCGCUAGUGUUGUGUCUGAACAUUGGCGUCGAUCCACCGGAUGUAGUAAAAAUCGACAAAUGUGCGCGGGUAGAGUGCUGGAUCAAUCCGGCAUCAUAUUCCCCCGGCAAAGCGUUGGAAAUGAUCAGUUACCAGCUGCAGAAGCAGUACGAACGAUGGCAGCCGCGUGCGCGCUAUCGCUACUCCCUCGACCCAACGAUGGAAGACGUCAAGAAGCUCUGUACCUCGCUGCGCCGAACCGCGAAAGAAGAGCGGGUGCUGUUCCACUACAACGGACACGGAGUACCUCGUCCGACUUCCAACGGCGAGAUAUGGGUAUUUAACAGGACGUUCACGCAGUACAUCCCGCUGUCGAUCUACGAUUUGCAAACGUGGAUGGGUGCACCAUCGAUUUAUGUGUACGACUGCUCAAAUGCCGGUAUCAUUGUGAACAGCUUCAAUAUGUUUGCCGAACAGCACGAAAGCGAAUUGGAACAGAUGAGAAACCGGAGCGGAAGUACAGCAGGGCAACUGCACACUGGCACGGAUCUGCAGACGGACGAAAGCCGCGUAUCGCCUUCGCCUUCGGCCGGAGCGGCUGGUACAACGACGUACAGGAACUGUAUUCAACUUGCAGCGUGUGCCUCCGAUCAGUUGCUGCCGAUGAAUCCAAGCCUUCCAGCGGAUUUGUUUACUUCCUGCCUUACAACGCCGGUUAAAAUGGCAUUGCGAUGGUUUACGCUUCAAUCCACCUCUCAGCUUGUGCCGGAAGUGACGGAAGAACUGAUCGAGAAGAUUCCGGGACAGCUAAAUGAUCGUCGCACGAUGAUGGGUGAGCUAAAUUGGAUAUUUACCGCGAUUACGGAUACGAUCGCGUGGAAUACUCUUCGACCGGAGCUGUUUCAGAAACUGUUCCGGCAGGAUUUGCUUGUCGCUAGCCUGUUUCGUAAUUUCCUGCUCGCCGAGCGCAUACUGCGUGCGUACGAUUGUACGCCCAUCUCGAGCCCAGCACUACCCCCCAGCUAUCGACAUCCAAUGUGGUCCGCGUGGGAUCUAGCGCUCGAUCAAGCGCUUGCUCAACUACCGGACAUUCUUGAGAAAGGAAAACCAUUCCAGCAUUCGCCUUUCUUCGAGGAGCAACUAACGGCGUUUCAAGUCUGGCUGGAAGGAAGCACCGAACAGCGAAGCCCCCCGGAACAGUUGCCGAUCGUGCUGCAGGUGCUUCUGUCGCAGGUUCACCGCUUGCGUGCCUUGGAGUUGCUAGGACACUUUGUCGACCUCGGACCAUGGGCCGUGAAUUUGGCACUGAGUGUUGGUAUCUUUCCGUACGUGCUGAAGCUGUUGCAAAGUUCGGCGAAAGAACUGCGACCCUGUUUGGUAUUCAUUUGGGCGAAAAUAGUAGCAGUUGACGGUACGUGCCAGAUCGAUCUUAUACGUGAGCAUGGCCAUAAGUAUUUCCUUGCCGCCCUGCAAGAUACAAACCCUGGUGGACAACCAUUUAAGGGCAAUCACCGAACGUACGCUGCCUUCGUGCUGGCUAGCAUAGUGCAUAACUUCCCCAAUGGACAGUCGAGUGCACUGCAGGGUCAGCUUGUUUCAAUCUGCCUCGAUCAACUGAACGAUGAUAGUAACCCGCUGUUGCGACAAUGGUUGGCCAUUUGCUUGGGACAUCUGUGGCAAAACUACGAGCAAGCUCGCUGGUCUGGCGUGCGGGACAAUGCGAACGAAAAGCUUUACCCAUUGCUCAGCGAUCCCUACCCAGAGGUGCGAGCUGCCGCUGUCUAUGCACUCGGCACAUUUAUUAGCUCCGUGAAGCAACGGUCCGAUCAUGCAAACAAUAUCGAUCGUUCGACGGCCAUGCACCUGUUUGCCACGGUUAGCAACGAUAUGAGCCCGCUCGUGCGCAUGGAGCUAAUAGCGGCGCUCCAGUGGAUGGUUCUGUUUUUCGAAACGCAGUUCGCCGGUACCUUCCUACAGCUGGACAGCCCCGAACGUAGCACCAACCCGAUGAAACGUGUGUCAAGCACGAGCAACAUUAUUGGUGUGGGGAAAGCAUCCGUCUUGGUUGGCUUUUAUCAGAAGCUCUGGAAUGGAUUCAUUUCCCUGUCGAAGGAUCCUUUCCCGGAGGUGGCAACGAUGGCACAGAAAGUAGUUGAUUAUGUACGCGCCGACAUCGCAAAAGAGGUAACGGUAUGCGACAAGAGCUCGCAUCAUUCUGGCAGUGCGGCCAGCGUUAGUUUACCUCCAUCGCCGAACACCCGUGUUGGUUUUCUGGCCGGUGAAUCACCCCCCACGCAUGGCGGAUUGCACGAUAACGGGGGUAGCCAUCAUAGGCUUACGAAUCAGCAAACACCGCAGACAUCCUCACACUCACUACAGUCGUCCACAACACCGCCUAAACCGAUCGUUGGGACGAAAUUCAUCGAAUGGUCGGUUAGUUUCUUUGCCCAACCGUCGAAACGCAUGAACGAAACGAUAGCAGCCGGUACGGACCACAAUUCGUACGAAUUUCUUAUCCGAAAGUCUCGCUGGUUGCGCAACAAAGAAGUACGGGCCGAGGGCCGGUUGCAGCGAAAGAAGGCCAUCUUUAAGCGGUUAGAUGUGCAAAGUUGGUACUGCCGUACGCAGCAUGCACCGACGAUCAUUAAGCUGAAUCCGUACGACGAGCAGGUGGCAUUUGCCUACAAAGAUCGAGUUAUUGUAGUGAACAUGAGUACGGAAGUGACGCACACUCUUACAGCCCAAAGACAAUCCAUUUACGACAGUUCUAGCAGCUUGAUCAGUAACAGCAGCAGCAGCGGGUACCAGUCUGGCCAGCAUCACGGAUCGCAUCGCCUAAUUAAUCAAUCGAUGAGUUUUCUCGAGCAGCACCAUCCUUCGAUGUCACAGUCACAGCAACCGCUAUCAUUUCCGCACCACCAGUCGAAGUCGUCGAGCGAAUCGUUACCCACUCAUGGGAUCGGUAACCAAGCGUUAGCAGUUACUUCGCUGGAGUUCCUCAAUGCGCACGAUGUCGGUGUGAUAAUGGCCGGGUACAGUGACAGCACGAUACGAUUGUGGCGCCCGAAGGACACAAGCGAUGAAAAUCAAUUGCUUUCCGCAUGGCACGGUUUGCUGGAUUUCAAUACUUCGAGCGCAGCGAAGGUGAGCUGCACUGAAUCGGCACCGGUAGCUCACGGUAGCAGUAGCGCCCCGGGUGGUCUAAUUCUUGCGUGGCACCAACGGUCGCAAACGAUCAUGGCAGCGGGCGAAGCGAAAUACAUACGUCUGUGGGAUGCUGAGCGGGAGAUGCGUAUCUGUGAUAUUCCAAGCGGGUCCGACACGGCCGUGCUGAAGAUGUCCUGCGCGCCUAAUGGUCUGCUUGCGGCCGGUUUUUACGAUGGAAGUGUUCGUAUAUUCGAUCGACGCUGUCCACCAUCGGAAACAAGAUGUGCGACUAUACGGGAACACAUUAACCCGGUUAUGGCCAUCUGCCUCCGGGAUGAUUGCGAAUCGCUAGUAACGGCCGGAGUUGAUGCGGUCGUACGGCUGUAUGACAUACGGAAAGCGUACUCCUCCGUACAGCACUGGAGCGCCGGAGCGGAUGUGUCAGCAAUGGCCAUCCACACCAGUGCGGACAUUCUGGCCUGUGCGACCAGUCUAAUCACUAUCUACGGGUUAGACGGUGUGGUCCUAAGUACGGGACGCAGCAAUGAAGGAUUUAUGGCCCCCCGGAAGGGUGUAGCCUCUUGUCUGUCGUUCCACAAGUUUAAACUCAACCUGGCAGCCGGAUACAACGACAAUACCGCGGCGGUACUAGUGCCAUAGAGAAUUGGAUGGCUAUCGCGUAGAAACUAAACAACAAACUUUGCUUUAUUCCGCGCAUAUAAUUUGCUUUCGGAUGCAUGCAAAACCAGCAACCUGUAAGCUAUCAGGCAACGACACCAGCAGGUCCGUUGCUUGCAACUUAACUGCGGCCGGUCAGACCAGUCGAUCGAAUGAUAUGCUCCGUGAAUUCGGUGUCUGUCUAAACCGUUGAACGAACAGAACGGUGUCGGCCAUUAAUACUAUUGGAGGGCGAAAGAUUUUCAUCUAAGUACACCAGUUACGCCAUUGUGUGAGAUACAGUCUCUCGUUCCCAGUUGCUUGCUAAUAUGCUAGCCAUGUAAAAUGUAUUUUUUUUCAAACGAUGUACGACAAAAACAUACGCUUAGAAAGCAACACGAAGCAAAGAUGAUUAAAAACAGAAAGUUUCGAGCAAAUUUCAAUGAAAUGCGACGAACAGUUGUUUGUUCCGAAAUCGUGCAAUACUAGCCCGUAAGCCCCGUGGUACGUACAUAUCAUGUAGUUGCCUAGAAUUAGUCACUAAUCCUUAGCCGAUAUAGAUAGGAAUAAUGCAAUUAUCUAUUUUUUAUAUGUUUUUAAAUGAUCUAACACUUAUGCUGUGAAUAUUUGUUAUAUUCAUGCUGCUUACUAGUUUAGUUGAAAACAUGUGCUAGAUAUAUGUAGAUCCAUAGGUUGUGCUUGGGUAUGAGUGUUUAUCAAUUUAAUCGUUUGUUUUAUGCAAUAAAAACAUUGGUAAUAAAAUUAAUAUUCAAUUAUGGCAUAAA